UUUCUUUUGGAUAUUGCCGGUCAUUUACUCUUCUCAUUACACGGAUCCUAGUUUUUUGUACAAGUAGUGAAAUAAUGUAGUGUAGUGGCGUACAGAAAUUAGAAAACAUACAAAUUCGAAUUGUAUCGAAUGGUUGAAACUGCGGCUUUCUAAAGGUCAAGCCGGCGCAGUUAAUUUACAAACAAUGCACCAGACUCGAUGGUGAUGCGGCUAUCGGUCGAAUCGGGACCCGAGACCGGAGCGUUGCGCGCGCCCUCUAUUUAUAUCGACGACUCCGCCCCCGCGGUUCGCGCACGCGCUAUGCAAUCGCACCGACGAAAGUGAAAAUUGCACAUCACGGUGUCGCCGGGCGCCGGACGGUACCACGUCGCCAUAAGGGAGCUAAUUAGCACCGGCGUACUCGGACCGUACACGGCGGCCAGCACGCCGCGACGAUGGGCGACGGCACCGCGGCGGCCGGACACGUUGCGGCACCACUGCGACAGACGCCGGCCGGGCGCGCACCGGCGCCGCGCUCGUGACGUUCCUCCUGCAUCGCACGGAGUGCGCUACUAACAUGGCAUCCACGAUGCAGCUCGAGUUCACCCAGGCGAUGACCGACUUCAAGACCAUGUUUCCGGACAUGGACGACGACGUGAUAGAGGCGGUGCUGCGCUCCAACCAGGGCGCGGUGGACGCCACUAUCGACCAGUUGCUGGCCAUGAGCACCGACAACCAGAACGAGAGGCUGCGGCUCGAGAUGGAGCGCGUUGAGGGUGGUUCGCCACGCCGUAAGACUCUCCUCACGUCCGCAACCAAGGGGAACGUCGUUGUAAACGGUUACAACAGUAACCAUGCAGCUUCUAUAGACGUGAAUGACGAGAGUAUACCACUAGCAAUACGGAGACAAUGGGUGCCGAAGUUAAUUGGUGCAUUACCGCCAUCGUUCCUUAGAAUUCCUCAAGUAAAAGAUGCGAGAGUAGACUUAAGUUUGGAUAUGGAUGACGACAAAAUUGCAGCGUUCCUACAGAACGAAGAGUUCAUGGCUGAGCUGCGGUGGAAUCAGGAGUUUAUAGCGGCAUUGGACAGCGAACAAGGACAUAAAACCAAAUGUCACGAUGAUGAAGCAGCGUUCAAGGAGAGACUAAAAACUAUGGGAAAACUAUCUCGCAAGAAGUUCGCGCAACUGUCUAGAAUGUUUACACGCGGUGGUCCGCGGCGAAGCGGCAGUUCCCGCUCAGUGCCGCGGGGCCCUCCGGACUCCUUGCUGCUAGAGGAAGAACACAGCGAUGACGAAGAACGUCCCCAGAACAAUAUUUAACCUACAACUAGACUGAUUAGGUGUGUUUUGUGAUAAACCAAAGUUUGAUAAUAAAGACACAAUUCUAACAUUUCGUUAUCUUGUUUAGCCUGAAGGAAAAUGCUUCGAACUAAUUUAGCGUCAUAAAAAUAUAGGUUAGAUAAGUGAUGGAACGUGACGUAUCGGAACAUUGAAAGGGUACGAGAAACCUCUCGGACGGUUCUUUCUUUCAAGUAUCUUGUACAAUUUAAUGAAUAAGUUUAUCCAUUUACUAUAAUUUUAUACUUAUGUAACUAGAUAUGAGACACAUUUUAAUGUAAUUGUAUUGUAACUACUAUUGUUACAUAAAGGUCACGCUUUGCUAAGAAACGCGUUAAAGUUGCCGAUAUAGAUUUCAUCACAUGAUAGACUUAGAACAAUUGGCCUUUUAGGAAAGUUCACAAGGUAAAAGACUGGGAUUGUUAGGACGUUACGGUUACGAUGUCAUUGUUUGUGAUUGUGGGAUCGUUUUAUAUGUCAGGCCAUACAUUCGCCAUUAUGUUAUGUAAUAAUAUUAAAAUGAUGUAAAUAGAAUUGUUGUACAUUAGAUAAUAAACUUUAGUUUUUUAUAAGACAGUUGAAAAGCGCUUUUGUAAGUGGUAAAUUUUGUAGUACAUAAUGCAAAAUGGAAUGGAAAAGGGAGAUAUUAAUCAAAAUUUCGUUAUGUACGCAACGCUUACCUUUUUAAGUCAUGUCUCUCCAAUAUUAACCCACACCUUCAUCUAUACAUAAGUCGAAAUUCCAGUAAAUGUGUUUUGUGUAUUCCAACUUUAAUUUUGUCAAUUUAUAUAAAAAGAAAUCUCGUGCA